CACGCACAAGGUCUCCUGGAUCAAGCAAUUGGAUAUGGAGAAAGUACUAGUGACUGGCGGGGUAGGGCCUGGGGUCGAUCGAACCAUUCAUUGCCGCCACUCCCUGGAGGUACGGUACUCUACAUACGUCAGUAGUGCCUAGCUAUCUGGUGGGGGUGAAUCUGAACCAAAAAACCUAUCGAGGAGACCUUGCUUCAUCAUCCUGACAUACUUUGAAGACCUACCGAAAAAAUAUACUAGGCUUUAGCAGCUCAAUGGUUUACUCUGGUCCGGUCCAUUCCCCUGCGGAGAACAGCGGGCAGGUCGUAGGGUCUAGACGUACGAAGCACAGAGCGGGACUAACCAGGAAAGCGAACGGACAUUCUACCCUCAACGCCCACGAUCUGAGUCAAAACGUCAAAGCGGAAAGACUAAUGCAUCCUUUGCAUUGCCUCCAUCCCUCACAGGCGAGCGUGACAGGCAGCACGAUUCGCGACACGCCAGAAGGGCAAAGCGGGAUCCUGCGGCGUAGCGUCGUAUGUUAUCUGACCGGGGGAGGGGAAGCACAUUGUACUGUACUUGACUCUCCUCAAUCCAGACCACCACCCCUCACCGAGUACAGUACUUAUCCCCCAAACCCGAGCUCAUUGGGACUACAGAAGCACAUCAUAACCCAGCAAGUGGCGCAAGAUAGGCUUGCGCGUUUGAGAUACAGUUCUCGCGAGAUGUCAUAGACAGGAAGAAGCUUCCAGUGCUUCCCGCGCGCCGUUUGCAGUCGGGGGCGAUCCCGGCGGAGGUGGCAAGCAAGAAAAUAUUGAGUGGUCAGUAAGUGGGAGCAAUUGUCUCCUGGGUUCUUUUUUG